UGCCUUGAUCACCCUCUUCAACGUUCUUGGGUUUUUACCAUUUUCUCCUUCUCUAUAUAAAAUCCCAUUCCCAUUUCUCAACUUCCAGUGUUCAAUUUCCCGUUAAUCCCACCACCGCCGGAUUCCCAUCCCUCACUUUCCGUUCAGUUUCCUUUGACGGUCACCAUGGCUACUGGACAAAUAUUUUCUCGUACGACCCAAGCACUGUUCUAUAAUUACAAGCAACUACCCAUACAGCGGAUGCUUGACUUUGACUUCCUUUGCGGUAGGGAAACACCAUCAGUUGCGGGAAUCAUCAAUCCAGGUGCUGAAGGAUUUCAGAAACUCUUUUUUGGUCAAGAGGAAAUUGCCAUCCCUGUGCAUUCUACGAUUGAAGCAGCUUGUGCAGCACAUCCCACAGCCGAUGUCUUCAUCAACUUUGCAUCCUUCAGAAGUGCUGCUGCAUCAUCAUUGUCUGCCUUGAAACAGCCUACCAUCAGAGUUAUAGCUAUCAUAGCUGAAGGUGUUCCAGAGUCAGACACCAAACAGUUGAUUGCAUAUGCACGAGCUAACAAUAAGGUCGUUAUAGGUCCAGCUACUGUUGGUGGUAUUCAAGCUGGUGCAUUUAAGAUCGGUGACACUGCUGGAACAAUUGACAAUAUAGUACAGUGCAAGCUAUACAGGCCUGGAUCUGUGGGCUUUGUCUCCAAAUCAGGUGGAAUGUCUAAUGAGAUGUACAACACUAUUGCCCGUGUUACAGAUGGAAUUUACGAAGGUAUUGCAAUUGGAGGUGAUGUGUUUCCAGGUUCCACUCUUUCGGAUCAUAUUUUGCGGUUUAACAACAUCCCACAGGUUAAGAUGAUGGUCGUACUAGGAGAACUUGGUGGUAGGGAUGAGUAUUCUUUAGUUGAAGCCAUGAAACAAGGAAAAGUUAACAAGCCAGUGGUUGCCUGGGUUAGCGGUACUUGUGCGACAUUGUUCAAAUCUGAAGUUCAAUUUGGGCAUGCUGGAGCAAAAAGUGGUGGUGAGUUGGAGUCUGCACAAGCGAAAAACCAAGCUUUAAGAGAUGCUGGAGCAAUCGUUCCAACUUCAUAUGAAGCCCUUGAAGAUGCAAUUAAGGAAACAUUUGGAAAAUUGGUGGAAGAGGGUAAAAUUACUCCAGUAAAGGAAGUGAAGCCUCCACAAAUUCCUGAAGAUCUUAACUCAGCAAUUAAGAGUGGCAAAGUUCGGGCGCCAACCCACAUUAUUUCCACCAUUUCUGAUGACAGAGGUGAGGAGCCCAGCUAUGCUGGAAUUCCAAUGUCUUCCAUUGUGGAGCAAGGUUAUGGUGUUGGGGAUGUUAUCUCACUAUUAUGGUUCAAGCGCAGCCUUCCUCGAUACUGUACACAUUUUAUUGAGAUAUGCAUCAUGCUCUGUGCUGACCAUGGUCCUUGUGUAUCCGGAGCACACAACACCAUAGUAACAGCUAGGGCUGGAAAAGACCUCGUGUCCAGCCUUGUCUCAGGUUCUAAUUCAACUUAUUUGUACAAGGAUGUAAUGAGGUCUGUAUUUGAUUUCCCUAAUCAACGACUGUAUUCUGAAACAGGUUUGCUUACUAUUGGCCCUCGAUUUGGUGGUGCCAUUGACGAUGCCGCUCGGUAUUUUAAGGAUGCAUAUGACAGAAACCUUACACCUUACGAAUUUGUCGAAAGCAUGAAGAAGAAAGGGAUUCGUGUGCCUGGAAUUGGCCACAGGAUCAAGAGAGGCGACAACCGAGAUAAGAGAGUGGAGCUACUGCAACGGUUUGCUCGGACGCAUUUCCCAUCUGUGAAGUACAUGGAAUAUGCUGUGCAAGUUGAAACUUACACUCUCUCAAAGGCAAACAACUUGGUUCUUAAUGUAGAUGGUGCAAUCGGGUCCCUUUUCUUGGAUCUUCUUGCUGGUAGUGGAAUGUUCAGCAAACAAGAGAUUGAUGAGAUUGUCGAGAUCGGCUAUUUGAACGGGCUGUUCGUCCUGGCUCGAUCUAUUGGUCUGAUUGGACACACUUUUGAUCAGAAGAGACUGAAACAACCACUUUACCGUCAUCCUUGGGAAGACGUUCUCUACACCAAAUGAUGAAAUCACAAAUAGCAAGAGUUACAAAUAUCAAUCUCAAGUAGUACGUUUCCUUUGCAAUAUUGAAUUUAUAUUAUUGGUGCCUUCUGCUUCUUCUAUAAUUUUGUGGAAUGUCUCUUUUUCUUCUUACAUUUCCUCCCUUUAGAACAACUGUUUGUAAGGCCUUAGUGUUACUUCAAAUUUCUCAGGUUUUCUAGUUCAUAAAAGGAAGAAUUGUAGUUCAUUUUUUAAAUAAACCCAAAACAAAAUGUCAUCAAUCACUAUCUUUAUGUAAAAUUAUGUCUUUAUUUGACCACUACAAGCUAUGCAAAUUCUGUCCUUCAUUUUU